UCGAGCAUCGGAAAGCUAUGGCCGGACAAAGAGUGGAGCUUCCUUGUAAAGCAUCCGGACACCCUAUACCAAAGUACCGCUGGCUAAAGGAUAAUGUCCUCCUUGAGCCAGACAGCCGAUUUCAGCAAACAGUCAUUGGUUUACUUAUUGAAAACACACGACCUUCCGAUUCUGGCAGCUAUGUGUGCGAAGUGUGGAACAACUACGGGAAUGCUGAAGUUAUAGGAUCGUUGUAUGUAAAACAACCACUGAAGGUCACCAUCAGCCCACGGAAAGUGAAGACCAGUGUUGGAAGCCAGGUUUCAUUAUCGUGUAGCGUGACGGGAACAGACGACCCUGAUCUCUCGUGGUACAGUAACGGUGAAAUCCUGGUCCCCGGGAGUAACGUCCGGAUCACAGGAGUUAACCGGGAAACGCUCAUAAUGGACGCCAUGGCGAAGAGUGACAGCGGCGCUUACCAGUGUUUCGUGCGCAAGGAUAAGAUGUCCGCGCAGGAUUACGUUCAAGUGGUGCUUGAAGAUGGAACGCCAAAAAUUAUUUCAGCAUUUAGCGAGAAAGUGGUGAGCCCUGGAGAGCCCGUAUCGCUCAUGUGCAACGUGAAGGGUACCCCGCUUCCUACAAUCACCUGGACGCUGGACGAUGACCCCAUUAUAAAGAACGGAAACCAUCGUAUCAGUCAAAUAAUCACCUCCGAGGGCAACGUGCUUAGUUACCUGAACAUCACCAACACUCAGGUCCGGGACGGGGGAGUCUACCGCUGCACUGCUAAUAACUCUGCGGGAGUCGUCCUGUACCAGGCUCGAAUAAACGUAAGAGGCCCGGCGAGUAUUCGUCCGAUGAAAAAUAUCACAGCAAUAGCAGGACGGGACACGUAUAUCCACUGCCGCGUCAUCGGGUACCCCUACUACUCCAUCAAGUGGUACAAGAACUCGAACCUCCUUCCGUUCAACCAUCGCCAGGUGGCUUUCGAAAACAACGGCACCUUGAAGCUGUCCGACGUGCAGAAGGACGUGGACGAGGGGGAGUACACGUGCAACGUCCUCGUACAACCGCAGCUAUCGACGAGCCAAAGUGUCCAUGUCACCGUGAAAGUUCCCCCAUUCAUUCAGCCAUUUGAAUCCCAGCGAUUCUCCAUCGGUCAAAGAGUAUUCAUACCCUGCGUGGUGGUCUCUGGGGACCUUCCAAUCACAAUCACCUGGCAGAAGGAUGGGCGGCCAAUCCCAGCCAGCCUUGGGGUGACCAUCGAUAACAUAGACUUCACUAGUUCUUUAAGGAUAUCCAACCUGUCUCUCAUGCACAAUGGUAAUUACACGUGUAUAGCCCGGAACGAUGCAGCAGCCGUGCAACACCAAAGCCAAUUAAUUGUAAGAGUUCCUCCUAGAUUUGUCGUCCAGCCCACCGAUCAAGAUGGGAUUUACGGGAAAGCUGUGAUUCUGAACUGCUCGGCGGAGGGUUACCCCGUGCCCACGAUAGUGUGGAAAUAUUCCAAAGGUGCCGGAGUCCCCCAGUUCCAACCUAUUGCUUUAAACGGUCGUAUACAGCUUCUCGGUAACGGCUCGUUACUCAUUAAGCAUGUCCUGGAGGAAGAUAGCGGAUACUAUCUCUGCAAGGUCAGCAAUGAUGUGGGAGCGGAUGUCAGCAAGUCCAUGUAUCUCACGGUUAAAAUUCCAGCGAUGAUCACGUCCUACCCGAACACCACGUUGGCCACGCAAGGUCAGAAGAAAGAAAUGAGCUGCACGGCCCAUGGAGAGAAGCCCAUCAUAGUCCGCUGGGAGAAGGAGGAUCGAAUGAUUAAUGUUCCCGAAAUGUCCCGCUACUUAGUUUCCACCAAAGAUGUGGGGGAGGAGGUGGUCUCAACCUUGCAGAUUUUGCCCACUGUUCGUGAAGAUUCCGGAUUUUUUUCAUGCCACGCAAUAAAUUCAUUUGGAGAGGAUCGAGGGAUCAUUCAGCUAACAGUCCAAGAGCCGCCAGAUCCUCCUGAAAUAGAGAUCCGCGAAGUCAGAGCUCGGAGCAUCGCCCUGAGGUGGACGAUGGGAUUCGACGGCAACAGUCCAAUCACGGGCUACGAUAUUGAAUGCAAAAACAAAACAGAUUCAUGGGAUUCAGUCCAGAGAACCAAAGAUGUCUCCCCUCAACUUAACCAGGCGACCAUCAUCGAUCUCCACCCAUCUUCAACUUAUAACAUCCGGAUGUACGCAAAAAAUCGCAUCGGCAAAAGUGACGCCAGCAAUGAGCUUACCAUCACAACCGAGGAAGCAGCUCCUGAUGGACCACCCCAAGAAGUUCAACUCGAUCCUGUUUCUUCUCAAAGCAUCAGGGUAACCUGGAAGGCCCCCAAAAAACAUCUUCAGAACGGCAUAAUCCGAGGUUACCAGAUUGGAUUCCGAGAAUAUAGCACAGGUGGCAAUUACCAAUUCAAUAUCAUCACCGUUGACACCACAGGGGAUAGUGAGAUUUACACUCUUGAUAACCUUAAAAAAUUCACACAGUAUGGAGUGGUGGUGCAGGCUUGUAACCGGGCAGGGACAGGGCCAUCUUCUCAGGAAAUCAUCACCACCACACUAGAGGACGUUCCCAGUCGACCACCUGAGAACGUCCAGGCAAUCGCGACUUCCCCAGAGACCAUAUCCAUAUCUUGGUCUACACCUUCCAAAGAAGCCCUCAACGGCAUCCUUCAGGGCUUCAGAGUUAUUUUCUGGGCAAAUCUUUUGGAUGGAGAGCUUGGUGAAAUAAAGAACGUUACCACAACACAGCCCUCGCUGGAACUAGAUGGGCUAGAGAAGUACACGAAUUACAGCAUCCAGGUGCUGGCGUUCACCCGCGCCGGGGAUGGCGUGCGCAGCGAGCAAAUCUUCACCAGAACCAAAGAGGAUGUUCCAGGUCCCACGGCUGGAGUGAAAGCUGCCGCAGCCUCUGCUUCCAUCGUGUAUGUGUCCUGGCUCCCCCCGCUGAAGUUAAAUGGGAUCAUCCGGAAAUACACCGUAUUUUGUUCUCAUCCCUACCCCACAGUAAUCAGUGAAUUUGAAGCAGCCCCAGACACCUUUUUCUACCGAAUACCAAAUCUGAGCCGAAACCGACAGUACAGCGUGUGGGUGGUGGCGGUGACAGCGGCAGGAAGAGGAAACAGCAGCGACAUCAUCACCGUAGAACCAGUGGCCAAAGCUCCAGCCCGUAUUCUGACUUUCAGUGGAACGGUGACCACUCCGUGGAUGAGGGACAUCGUGCUGCCGUGCAAAGCCGUCGGAGACCCGUCUCCUACUGUGAAAUGGAUGAAGGAAAGUAACGGGACGCCCAGUCUUGUGAUGAUUGACGGGCGGAGAAGCAUCUACAGCAACGGAAGUUUUAUCAUCCGGACGGUUAAAGCCGAGGAUUCGGGGUACUAUAGCUGUAUCGCCACCAACAGCUGGGGGUCGGAUGAAAUUGUGCUGAAUCUGCAAGUCCAAGUACCUCCUGACCAGCCUAGACUCACCGUGUCCAAGACCACUUCUUCAUCCAUUACUCUUUCCUGGAUACCCGGAGACAACGGGGGAAGCUCCAUCAGAGGGUAUAUAUUACAGUACUCGGAAGAUAACAGCGAGCAGUGGGGCAGUUUCCCCAUCAGCCCCAGCGAGCGCUCGUACCGGCUGGAAAACCUUAAAUGUGGGACUUGGUACAAAUUCACGCUGACGGCCCAGAACGGCGUGGGUCCCGGACGCAUCAGUGAGAUCAUAGAAGCUAAAACCCUUGGGAAAGAACCGCAGUUUUCCAAAGAGCAAGACCUGUUCGCGAGCAUCAACACCACCCGCGUGCGGCUGAACCUGAUUGGCUGGAACGACGGAGGCUGUCCAAUCACGUCAUUUAACUUGGAGUACAGACCCUUUGGCACCCCGGUGUGGACUCUGGCGCAGAGGACCUCAUUGUCCAAGUCCUACAUACUCUAUGAUCUCCAGGAGGCCGUGUGGUACGAGCUCCAGAUGAGAGUCUGCAACAGCGCGGGCUGCGCGGAGAAGCAAGCGAACUUCGCCACCCUGAACUACGAUGGAAGUACGAUCCCACCGCUGAUAAAGCCCAUAGCGACAAGCGAAGAAGGGCUUUCCACCAACCGCGGGAUCAAAAUGCUCGUCACGAUCUCCUGCAUCCUGAUCGGCGUUCUGCUCCUCUUUGCUCUGCUGCUGAUCGUACGAAGACGGCGGAGAGAGCAAAGGUUGAAAAGACUGAGAGAUGCAAAAAGUUUAGCCGAGAUGCUCAUGAGUAAAAAUACGCGAACGUCGGACACGUUGAACAAACAGCAGACUCUCCGGAUGCACAUAGAUAUUCCACGAGCGCAGCUCCUUAUAGAAGAGCGAGAUACGAUGGAGACAAUCGAUGACCGAUCCACCGUGCUACUGACGGACGCUGAUUUCGGGGAGUCAUCAAAACAGAAAUCAUUGACGGUAACUCACACGGUGCAUUACCAGUCCGUCUCGCAGGCAACAGGGCCUUUGGUGGAUGUCUCCGACGCUCGGCCAGGAACAAAUCCGACCACGAGAAAAAAUGCCAAAGCUGGUCCGGCAGCUCGGAACAGGUAUGCCAGCCAAUGGACGCUUAAUCGACCCCAUCCCACCAUAUCUGCCCACACUUUAACCACAGACUGGAGACUCCCGACGCCGCGGGCCGCAGGAUCAGUGGAUAAAGAAAGUGACAGCUACAGUGUGAGCCCCUCGCAAGAUACAGACCGAGCGCGGAGCAGCAUGGUCUCCACGGAAAGUGCCUCUUCUACCUACGAGGAGCUCGCCAGGGCGUACGAGCACGCCAAGAUGGAGGAACAGCUGAGGCACGCCAAAUUCACCAUCACAGAAUGCUUCAUAUCAGACACGUCGUCAGAACAGCUCACCGCGGGGACCAACGAGUACACCGACAGCCUGACCUCCAGCACGCCGUCAGAGUCGGGAAUAUGCAGGUUCACCGCAUCGCCCCCAAAACCACUGGACGGAGGAAAGGUGCAAACUAUGGCGGCUCCAAAGGCGCACAGGCCAGGUGAUGUGAUGAACUUGCCGCCGUAUCUUAGGAUGGACUUUUUAUUAAACCGAGGUGCUUCAGGAACUAACAGAGACUUGGGAUUAGGGCAGGCUUGCUUGGAACCUCAGAAAAGUCGAACCCUGAAGCGGCCAACGGUCAUGGAACCGAUACCCAUGGAAAACCCAUCGGCACGGGAAGUACAGUCAUGGCAGCCUAGCGCCGUGGCGCCUUUACCUCCGCGGGAGGGAACAGAGCUAGGACAGGCAGCUAAAAUAAGCAGUUCGCAAGAAUCCCUGCUGGACUCCCGGGGUCAUUUAAAAGGAAACAAUCCAUAUACAAAAUCAUACACCCUGGUAUAACAAAAAAAAAAGGUUGUAAAUACUAACAACUAAAACAAAAUGCAAAUCAAAAGCUACCUUUUUCUACUGAAUACCAACAUUUAUAAUUUAAAGGAAAAAAAAAUAAAUAAAAGGAUUGCCAAAACAUUUAAAAAGAAGAA